GUGAGAAAGUAGUCAUGAACUUUCGGUCACCUUCUUUUUCUCAAUUGGAGUAUAGUUCUGCUACUUUUUCAGAAGAAGAGUCGGAGUGGGAUUGGCUGCUCCUAAUUCCUGGAGAAACAGUCGUUCCUAGACAGUCAAAAGCUCUAAGUGUGUUGAAAAACCUCAGAGAGCUUACUAUAGAGUUUCUUGAAACUGUCUAUGAUAUUGUAUUCUCAGGCUACCAGAGAUUGUUUUCAAAUCUGGUUCCACUCAAGGCGAACUUCUAAGUGCUUGAAGAAGUUCUGAUCAGGACUGCCUAGCACAAUAAGUCG